GAAAGGGUGGAAUCGUCAUGUGACCAAAUAUUGCGAUAGCAAUUUCUUCCUGGAACAAAACAAAACAAAUGACAGCUCAUAUGUUUGCCUGCUGUCAGUACUUUUGCGUUGAUCAAAUAUUAUUUGAAUAAGACUGUGGCGUGAGGAGUAAGGAUAUGCCAGGACCAGAUUAGAGAUGGAGGCUGUGAGACCAAAGAAGUCCAAGACCAACAGAGGGUCUCAGGACAGGAAACAGAGGCAGAGUAGAGAAGUGAAGAGGGCCACUGCUCUCUCUGCCAGCUGUGAUGAGGAAGCUGGUGCCGCCGCCCCACCCAGCGCUGAGUUCACUGACAUCCCCCUCAGUCUGCCUGGCUUCCAGGGGACAGAGCAACAACAGGGCUUGGCGGAGGCCACAGACACCUUAACAGAGACACAAGUGUCAACACCGACAUUACCACAGACAUCGGAGGAAUCAAUACCAGCAUCACAGACUCUAUCAUUAUCCACAUUAUCACAGACAUUACAGACGUUGUCAUCAACAUCACCACAGACAAUUGCCCAGCCAUGUGAGACAGAGCCAGGGAACAGGGAUGAGGGCAGAGGUGAGGGCCAAGGGGCUGAGCUCAGUGCCGCACCACAAAGCACUGCCCUGGGGAUUAAGACUCAGAACCAAACCCUGAUCCAGCCCUGCAUAUCCACCCUGCUAGAGAACCCCUUGGCCCCCAGUGCCCCUGCCUUAUACCCCUCCCUGACCACACUGGAUGACAGCUCUCUGACGCAGCUGCAUGAGGAGGCUCUGUGGGCCGAUGGGACGAAGGCCCCUGCCGUGCUGCCUAUAGGGGAGCAAGAGUGUCCUCCCAGUCUGGAGCCUGUGGUGGAAGUGGCUCCGUCUGAGGGCUCAAGGACCAGACUGUAUCCUGAACUGCCUCAGUCCAGCCCAGAACUGCAGGCAUUCUCCAUGGAACAGCUGAGUGUGUGGGAGCCUGGUGGGGGCGUGUGUGUUUGGCUGGAGGGGGUAGAAGUGUGUGCGGCCCGAUUUGUUGCUUUAGCCCGGCAAGAAGGUCACGAGCUGACGGAGCUUCUGCAGAACUACUGGCGCUGCCGCAGGCAGCUGUCCCACGCGCACACACAGCUCCACACACACACCUCUGACUGUAACACCACACAGAACCGCCUCUGGAGCUUCAGAGAUGAACAGCUCACACUACAGGGUGUGUGUGGCGACCAGUCUAAGGUGUGUGGCUACCAUCGCUUCCAGCAGGCUGAUUUCAAUGAGGCUGUCCUGGCGGAGCUGCGGAAGCUGUUUGACGCCCGCACUGAACUCCUCCACCAGAAGGUGGCGCUGCAUGCAUACACAGCCCUGUUGUCACGACUUCAAGUGGAGUCCUACCUCCACUGCCUGCUCCACGAUACGUGUGGUAACCGGAGUCAGCCCAGCUCCCUUCUCCCACUGAAGGAGUGCAUCAGUGUUCUGUUCAGCUUCACACGGAGAGUCCUGGACGACACACAGUUCCAAACAGACAUCCAUCUAUGGCUGCAGAGACUGGUGGCAGUUUUACUGCGUGAGGGCGGGUCAGGAGAAAACCUGUACCUGUUAAACCAUCUGCUUUGCUGUCCAGCAGGAGUGGCCAAGUGGGUGGCACCGUUCUUCCAGAUCCAAGUCCUGGGAAACCCCUCAGGUGUACAGCAGUUCAUGCAGGCCCUCGCCAUCCUCAUGUCUCCAAUCAGGCACCGUGCUGAGUUUUUGAGCCACAUGAAGCCCUGUGAGAGUCAAAGUGCUACAGCCUCUGGUCCUGAUUCUGGCAACUGGACCCUAGUGGAUGAAGGUGGAGAGGAGGACGAGGACCCAGACAGCAGCUGGUUACUACUGUGUGAAGAGGACCUGAUCUCCAUUCUUUCCCAGUUUCCCUUUCAACAGCUCUUCACACACAUGCUAGGGAUGAGCAAGCCAGAUGCUGUUUGUCCAGGUGUGUAUGAGCCCAGGGCCUGCUCCAGUCAGAAGAUGAUGUGUGUGUUUGCCUUUGCCUCUUCUCUGAUUGAGCUGCUGGCAGUUGGUCUGCACACCUACAACAGAGCUCGCUAUCGCCAGCUUGUCAAACGCAUUGGACACACUAUACGGAUGACUGUGUGUUACGUCAGUGAUCACUGGGCCCAGUAUGUGACUGGUACUGGCCUGGCCCAGCCCAGUACCUUCUCUCUGGACAAACUACAGCUAGAAUAUGAUUAUCUGUUCCUCCGAGCUGUUCUACAUGUCCUCAGAAACAAGAGGUUGGGUAUCUGGCUGUUCAUGUCAGAGAUGCCCUAUGGAACCCUGUCUAGUUCCAUGUUGUGGAAAGUUCUGAUGGUGAUGCAGAGUGCUGAGACUGCAGACACGCUCAACUCUACAGACACCACAGACAUCUGCCUAGAGGCCCUCAAAGGUACAGACACGCUCAACUCUACAGACACCACAGACAUCUGCCUAGAGGCCCUCAAAGGUACAGACACGCUCAACUCUACAGACAUCUGCCUAGAGGCCCUCAAAGAUCCGGGUCACCAGGAGAGGUUUGACCGGUGGCUAUGUGAGGUGAAUAGCUCGGACGGAAUCUCCCUCCUCACGGCACUGGCUCACAUGGCCACGCCCACCCGCCACCCUGACCCCGCCUUCAUCACUAAUAUUGCCCUGCUCAUCUACCAGGUGUCCUAUGUUAGUGUGUCUACAAGGGAGACCUACUCUAAGGUGGGGCGGGAGCUACUAGCCACCAUAGCAACCGCUCAUCCUCACAUCAUAUCAGUCUUGCUGGAGAGACUCAGGGGGACCAUAGAGACCGUCGGCAUGAUGGCACUCUACUUCUGUAAGGAGCUGCCCCUUUGUCUGUGGCGUCCGAGUGCAGAGGAGGUGCGUGUGAUCGGGGGCUGGCUGCUCCAACACCCCCUCUCUGCUGUGGAGAACCGUCUGGCCUGUGUUAUCCUGGAAGGCCUGAACUGGGGCUACGCACAGGAUGGGACUCUGGCCCUACCCUCCUCUCUCCACAGUGAAGUGGCUCUGCUAGUAGCUGAAGCCUAUCAGAAAUACCUCACAGAGAAACCUUAUAAUGGAUUCAUCUCAGAGGGAAUCAAACAGGUCUCUUAUCUGGCUAGUGUUCUCCGUCUGGGACUCUCUCCUGAGGCGUCCUUCAGCCAGUGGGCCUGGCAACUGUUGCUAAGGCUGAAGCUCCAUGGCAACACACAGUACCCACAAGCAGCCUGGUCCACCCCUGGCUCUGCCCCUAAUCCAUCUCUAGAACUCACGCAUGCUCCUAACAUGCACCCCGUUCUCAGGGCUGUGAAGGCAGGAAUUGCCAUUGGCUGCUACCUCGCCAUUGCCAUGACAACUGUAGGACACAGUCUGGAGGUGUUUUGCACAGAGGGAGUUGACCUGUUAAAGAUUCUCAUUCAAUCUCGUCAUCUGAGAGCUGCUGUUCAUCUACUGGACAACAUCCUCCCCCCAACUUAUCCUCUCAGCUUCUACCUGCUAAAGAACACGCAAUUUGUGGAUUGUGUUCAGCUUUUCCUGCAGUGUGACAGUGUGUGUCCCCAGGGUGUAACUCAGCAGCUCACCCACCGAGUGGCGCCCCUUUUCACUGGAGGAACCUACGGGGACAUGGUCCGUCUGCUCAACAGUGUCAUACAGACUCAUGUGGUAGAGAGUUCUAGACCAGGUCGUGUGGGUCCAGCAGCGGUUCUAGAGUUCUGGGUGGGAAUUCUAACCCAGCAGAACUUGUGGUACCGAGACAGAACCGUUGUGUUUCUAAUGGACCAGAUCUGCCGUGCCGCCUACAUACACCACCAGGAGGAGUGUGUACAGCGACUACUGUACCAGCUGCACAAGGUUGCAUUGGGUUACCAUGGAGACCGGGGUCUGCUCUCCUCUCUGGUUGGCUGGAUUGCUGGAAAUGCUACACCCUCUUUCAUUGAGGGCCAAUCGUUGAGCGGGGAGGUAUGGUUUGCAUGGCUUGUGUUAAACAUGGAGGGGAUGUUUGAGGAGGAUUCUCAGCUGAGACGCUGUGUGGAGCACCAACUACUAUCCGACACGAACCUCUCACCUGACCAGGCCCUGAAGAAGGCCCAGCAGCAGCUGAAGCUCCCAGUGGUUCCGUCUCUACAGCGACUGCAGGUGUACCGAUGGGCAUGUCAGGCUUUGGCCACACCUCCUGACCACCCGCUCCUCCCCCUCAUUUGGCAGAGGUUCCUGCAGCUCUACCUGAGACAGCCAGGACCUGAAUAUGGUCUGGAUGCUGGAGGCUGUAUUGGUCGUCGGUUCUUCCAGGGCUCAUCACAGGCGGCGUUACUCAGAGAUCUGAGACACAGAAUACAGGAGGUGUCUGACUUCCACCACACUGCCAGCCAGGCCCUCAGGGUGGCCCCCACCCACACCCCGGACCAGCGGGAGGGAAGCCACAACUCCCCCCUCCCUGUCUUCCUCACCUCCCCAGAGCUACACACAGAGUUGGUCAGGCUGUUUGGGGUAUUUGCUGUGUGGUUGGACGAUGAGACUCUUCAGAAGAAGGAAGUGUAUCUGCCCACCCUACCUCCGCAGUAUGACCCCCACAGACUGGCCAAGGUCAUGAAUAAACAACAGGAGCUGUGGGUGGAGUAUGUAGAUCAAGAGCGUGUCCACUAUGAUGAGAAGGAUGUCCUGGCUCUCUGGGAGAAUGUGAAGAGUGAACCUGCCUUCAACCAGAGCAGCAACCCUGCAUUCACUGAUUACACCAACCCCACUGCAGCGAGGGAGCGUAUCCAGUCUAACCUGCAGAAGCACCCUGUCCCUCAAUCUGCUCCUGAGCUGCAGUCACAGAAAGCUCCAGUAUCAGAGGUCCCCUCAGCCUGCCUUACAGAUACGGCCUCUGCCUGCUCACUCCUUCAGCAGGACCUCAGCUGCCUGCAGGACCAGGCCAGGUUUGCAGUGUCUCGGGAGGCCCAGCAGGUGGCGCUGGAGUCCGAGCUACUGGAGAGUCUUCCUCUGCUCUACCGGAACAAGCCAGAGCAGGUUACUAUGGCGUUGGAGUGCCGAGGGCAAAGGUCAGGCCAGCCCUGCCAGGGAGCUGCUCACAUCACUGUCACGUGUGAGUGUGUGCAAAAGCAGGAUGAGGUGGAGUCUCAGAUCGUGUCUCUGCGCAGCGACAUCAAGCAGCUGCAGACAGAAGCCAUGACUCCUCCCCCUCAGAGCCUGGCCCAGGCAGCAGUACAUACAGAGAACUUCAUCACGGCUUUGGUGAAUUUGUACAAGGCCCAGCCGACAGCAGCGGUUCAGAGAGUUGGAGUGGCUGCCUUCUAUAAGGUGGUCUCCUUUGUCUGUGAGGACACACUCCGCCACCCCCCCACUCGUCAGUACCUGUCCUCCUGCGUUGAGAUACUGGGACAGGUGUUUAUCCAGGGUAGCCAGGCAGAGUGUGGGCGUGUCCUCCGUACCAUCCUGGAGCAGAGGCGUCUGUGUCCUCUCCUCUCUCCGUUCUUCACCCCAAACGCAGCACCCAAUCAGUUCGUCUCCCUCUACAAGGAAGUGGUGACAUCACUGCACCCCGACAGUGCUGACGUCAUCUUCAUGCUUCUCACUAAGUUUGACCUGAGGGCGUGGCUGAGUGAAGCCCAGCCGAUGUUCUCUGAGCGUAGCACGCUGGUCGAGCUGGUCCACACUGCUUUAUGUUCCUGUGGCUGUGACCCUGAGGCUGACCUCCUCACGCCCUUUCACCUCUUCACCCGACACUGGACCCUCCUGCUCAGACACCACUUCCCUGACCACUACAGCGACUGCCUGCGUCUGCUCAUGACCAGUUCGACAGAACAGUUGCUGAGUCCAGAGUGUUGGAGGGUGACUCUGCGUGUGCUGGGUGUCUCUUCUCCCGCCUGCGACACCAAAACCACUCCAGAACCUUCCAGCUCGGCCAAUACCCCCCCCCGCCAGGCCACCAUCACCCUAUCUCCUCAGCAGGUGGGAGAGACAGUUGAUUGGCUGUGUGAGUAUUUCCUGCGAUGUCGUCUUAGUAAGGUGGACCUCCGCAGCUUCGGGCUGUACUCUGCCUGGGCGCCGUAUAUCAGUGAGGUCACUGCCUUCUGGGGAUAUCUUAUUGGCUACCUCAUCGACCUGCAGCUGAAUGUGUGUGCCAGGGAGCCUCUGGGGGGAGCCAGAACUCUAAAAGCCCUACAGGAUAUUCACAGUAAGAUGGUUCGGCUGUUUAAGCCCUGGAUUCUAGUUCUGGAGACAGGCGACGCCAGUACUCCAAGGUGUUAUCCCUGGUUGGAGUCAGAUGGCAGCGCUGCGGGCUGUCUGGUGGGGCUCUACACCCAGCUCACCCAGACAUUACACCACAAGUUCACAGAGCGUCUCCUCCCGGGCCAGCGCGGAGCUCUGUGGCUCUGUCUGAUGCAGUACUGUGAGAGCUGCAGCUCCCCUCGUACUGCUGAGUAUCUCCUAUACCUUUACCACACUCAUCUCCGCAGCCUGCCCUGGACACAGCUGCACCCUGACACACAGCUCAUGGAACAACUCUUUAACGUGGAAAGAGGAAGUCCUAAGAGCUGCUUCCUGUUUCUGGGGGCAGUCCUAUGUGAGGUCAACUGGGUCAGCGUUCUGAGUGAUAGCCUCCAAGCCAGCUCUAACACAACCAUACAAAUGGACUCACACAAGAUGCUGGUCUAUCUACUUUACAUGUUGGUGUUCCUCACUAAAGAAGAGCAGCUACUCAGCCAACCAGACUCCCCUGUCCUCAGUCUGUUGGGCCAAUCCUCCUCCCUGCCAUGGCACCAAGUGGACCAUUCCUCCUACCAGGGGAUUAUGGGAUAUGUAGGUACCCACUACCCUCCCUCUCUGCUGCUCAGCAAAGACUUUGCCCCUCAGACACUGCUCCAAUCACUGUGCAGUGCUGCUGGACUACAGCCCCGCCCCCAAGGAACACCACACCAGGAUGACACGGUGAAGGCCGGUGUGUUUGUGCGCUGGCGUGUCCAGUGUCUGAUCUCGCUGGAGCAGAGUGGCAGCAUCAGCCUGGCUGAUCUGGAGACACAGCUAGAGACACUGCUGGAGAGCAUCAUCGCCUUCAACCCGCCUGAUGUGCACUUGGAGCAGAGACACAUGGCAUUCUGUAGUCUGUUCUGUGAUUCGCUGGCUUUGCUGAACGGAGUGGGCGUGUCUACAGGCGAGGCCUUGGUGGCUCGUGUCAUUGGCUGGCUGGGCAGGAAGGGGCAGGGUUUUCCAGUGCUGCCGCUCCUUACAGCUUGCUCCCGUUGCCUUGCGUCCGUACGCCACAUGACCCGUGUAGCAGAGGCUUGCAUCAAUGCCUACUUCACCCAUGCGGAAGACGUGGCAGUAGGGUGGGGCCCUGUGUUGGCGUCCCUGCAGGUGCCUGAGCUGACCGUGGAUGACUUCCUGUCUGAGAGCCAAUCAGGAGGUAGCUUUCUGACACUCUACACUUACAUCCUGCAGCGCCUCAACAUGGAGAACACUGCAGCCAAUGAGAAGAGGAUGCUCGCUCUACUUAAUACAUGGACCAAUCAGGUCUUCCCCAGUGGUCCAGGUGAUGAGGCCAAGUUGUUCCUAUGGUGGCACAAGACCUUGGUUGUGUCUGUGGAGCAGCUGGGGCUUGGGGAAGCCCCGGGGGUUGUAGUGGGGCUUCUAGGGCUGCAGACUCGGCUCUCUCAGAUGGGAGAGGAGCGACUCAGUUCAGGACUGCUCGGGGCCAUAGGAUUGGGGCGGCGAUCCCCUCUAUCCAACAGGUUCAGGGUGGUGGUACGCAGUCUGUCUGUAUUUCUGUCAGUCCAGAUUCCCUCAGAGGACCAGGUACGCCUGCUGCCCACCACUGACCUACAGCUGACAGCUAAAGCACAACAGGCUUUGGCUGGGUUGGAGGCCAUGCCUGGCAGUAAGCAGUAUGGUGACAUGAAGGACUCAAUAGGAAAGGCUCUCCAGUUCAUCCAGUACCCAGGACACUGUCUCAAAGACGGACCUCGCCUCCUGUCUCUGCUGACCAACCUUCUCUACCCAGACAACAGAUACCUGAACAUCAUACGAUAGCAGCACCAGUUGGCACCAGCUGAGCGCCGUAAAACACGCCAUUCUAAACAGGAAACGUUAGAAACAGCAGCCUGUCCUGUGGUCAGAGGUGUGGAACUACAUGAGAAAGAGGGUGUCAUUUGAGAUGCACUGAUAUGCUAGAAACCUACGAGCGAUUAUAUUCUGGAGUGCUAGCAAUAAUGGACUACAAUGGAUGUGAGUGGACUGGAUCUACUUUCACUGUUAAUGACUGUGCCAAAACUAUACAUUUAUCAGUGAAAGCACUUGUCUGUUGAUUAUAGUUACUAUGUUUAUGACUUUCUCUUCCUUCCUCUCUUUCUUUCUCUUUCUUUCUCUUCCUUUCAAAUCUACACAGAUAUUUGCUCAGCGUUUUCUUUUUAAAGUGUUCUCUUAGGUUUUGGCAAUGACGGAUAUUCCAAGUAAUUGAUUACAAUUAUGAAUCAGAGUUAGAAUCAGAAGUCACAUUUUGAAUUCCAGCAUAAUGCAGUGACACUGAUGUAACUUAUUCUCUGUGAUCAAAAUUUUAUGGAGAUUAUAACUCAAUGUUCUUAAAGCUAUUUUGAGCUCUUACGUUCUUCCCCAGUGGUGCUGGUGGAAAAAGUUUUUACUUGCCAGUAUUAAUUGCCCAUAUUUGGUUGUGUAUUUAUUUCCUAACCCAAUCUGUACUGCUGGAUAACAAUGAAGGGUGAUUGGUAUACAGUAUUUAUUUGUCCAAAAGUGCUUUUGCUCUUUUGUCUGCCAAAAACAGCCUCUGAUAGACAAUUUCCCUUAAACGCGUGGUUGUAUUCCAUCACCAACAAGCUGUUUGGAGUGCAGGACAUCCUCUGUUAGGCCCUUUUAAACCCUACAGACCCUACUAAACUAUGGUUUUAUUGUGCAUACAGAACUUACACAGUCUCAGCUUAUCAAUUUGCCUUUGAAGAAAAAGAGAAUUGGAUUGUCCCCUUUCGAAAAGCAAGUACACUUAAUUAUCAGUCAGCUGCUUGUGUUGUCUCCCAACCAACACCCUAAUCCCUCUAGAGUGCAUUACUUUUCUUCCCUUUUUAAUUAGUUAAAUGCACAUUACAGCGGAUGUUGUUGUGGACGUAGUUAAAUCCUUGUGUUUCUGCUCAUAAACCAUUCAGUAAAAUGAAAUCAAGUAACUAACAUGAAAAAGUAAAAAAUACAAUCAAAUGAAUAAUCCAAAUGAAAAUCUGUGCGUGUAACAGUCCAGGUAACACUGUGGAAAAUUACUCAAAUCUGGCCCACAAGAUAUAGAGAAAGUGACCAGGGUUCAGAAUGUACAUGGGACAUCUGUCCCCAGAGGGUGUGUGUAAUUGAGUUGAUGUAUGUUUGGUCUGUGUGAAUGCAGAUCAGAAUAGGGGGCAGAAAUAUUAUUAGGGGGCAGAAAUAUUAUUGACGAUGUAAAAGUUUUGAACAAAUGUCAUUGUUGUUUUUUUAGCUUGAGCUUACUCUCAAACCUUCGAAAAUGUUAAAAGAAAUAAUAUGAAUCUAUAAAUAAAUAUUGUUCUCAAAAACAUUUCGGAAUUAUUGGCACCCCUGAAUUUAUACUUUGUGUGCCUUCCCCUUGCCUGCGGCCGAUGGCAUUUUGGACUGACCCCAGUACUCUCUAAAGAGCCAUUGCAGUGCAGGAGGUGCAGUCACAGUGAUGUAGCCGGGAGUGUGCUCUCCAUGGUGCGUCUGGAGAUGUUUUUGAGGGUAACUUGCCAACAUGCCAAAUAGAUUUUGCUGCCUGAGUUAGAAGAGGCGCUGUUGUACCUUAAAUAGUGUCACCAGGUUUGGACCGUUUCAGGUCCAGAAUGACGUGCACACCCAGGAACUUAAAGCUGUUGGUCUUCUCUACAGCGAUUUUGUCAAUGAGUGGCAGGGCAUGCCCUCUCUUACAUCUCUCUGGAGUCCACAAUUAGCUCUGUCAAUCUAUCAGUGCUGAGGGAGAAGUUUACUUACCUGUAGGCUGACUCAUCGCCGCUGGAAAUCAGGUCAACCGCUGUAGAGUCAUCAGCAUGGAGUUGUAGAUGACCCUGCAGUCAUGAGUGACCUGAAGAGGAAGUACAAAAGGGGGGGCUGUGUUGAGGAUCAACACAGUAGAAGCAAUGUUUACACCCCUCGCCAUCCGUGGAUGGCACAUCAGGCUGUCCAGGAUCCAGUUGUGCAGGGUUAGAUCAAGCCUCUGGUUACCCAGCUUCCCAACAAGCUUUGAAGGCACUAUAUUGACUGUCCAGUUAGGAUUUGGCAUAUUGAAGUGGCAGUAGUGUCCUCUGCUUUGGGCAAUAUAAAUAUUGCGUUAGUUAAGCAGUGAUGCAAUUGUUGGUGUUCGUGGCGCAGCUUGUCCUUCAUAGUUCUUAAUUGUCUGAAGCCCCUGACACAUUCUUCUGAUCUCUGACCUGCUGAUGAGACCAGGAAGUCCCUGCUAAUGAUGCUGCCCUGGGGUUCCGUGGGGCUACUCAGACACUUGUCAGUUAACUGUACUGUGAAAGUUUGACCCUGUAUGGACAAUAUGUCACUACAUUUAUUAAUAGGCUUCUAUGGACCUACCUGGAGAACCUCCCUAAACAUAUCUCAGUCCACCUGGUCACAGAUAUGCUCAGGGGCAUGCAGUGUUACAGAAUGAUCAGAUGCAAAUAUUUAUAUAAGAUAAAAAUAUCUGUAUAAAGCAGGAGAAUACAUCUGC